AUGGCCAUCACUCAAUUUCGUCUGUUCAAAAUCUGCACAUGCCUAGCCAGUUUGCUGUCUUUCUUCAAGAGAUUGAUAUGCAGGACUGGAAGGGGCCGGAAGCUCAGUGGGGAUCAAAUAACCCUCCCGACCACGGUGGAUUUCUCAUCAUCCAUACCAAAACAGCCAGAAGUUGAAGAAUGGAGUUCAUGGGAUGAAGAAGCUCCAACAAGUAUUAAAAUUGAAGAUGGAAAUGGAAAUGUUCCCGCUCAACCCACUGAGAUUGAAGAGCCUGACUACUUCAAAGACAUGGCACCAACCAUCAGAAAAACCCAGAAGAUUGUGCUGAAGAAAAGAGAACCACUCAACUUCCUGGUGCCCGAUGGCUCAGCAGGUUUCUCCAGCAGGCUGGCAGCCUCUCAGGAUAUGAUGACUUUCUCUCCACCUUCAGCUGAGCUUGGUGAAAUGGACAAUUGGCAGGGGGACACGAAUGCCUGGGAGGAUGAAUCCGAUGCCACCUGGGAAGCAGAAGAGGUGCUCAGACAACAGAAGCUGGCUGAGAGAGAAAAACGGUCCAUGGAACAGCAGAGGAAGAAGAUGGAGAAAGAGGCCCAGAGGAUGAUGAAGAAAGAACAGAAAAUGGCUGUUAAACUUUCAUAA